AUGGGUUUGACGCCCCAGCCAGCCAUGCGGAUUCGCCGUCUUGAGGUUGUCUGGGACUCUGCCGGAAAGAGGGGGAGCAUCUCCUGUGGCUCGCUUGGAACGACCCCCAACAUUGCUCACCUUUCCCCCUUCACGACCAACGACCCCAACUCCCGCACCGUGGAACUCCGACUGCACGGGACCAGCACGCGUCAGCUCCGGGUGGGGCCGGAGGAUCUAUUGGACGAUCCCACGGUGCCAAGCUCGGCUAUCGACUAUCUGCCGUCUCUUCACAAACGCAAAAGGAAUGUGGUGGAUCCGAGCGACCAUUUACCCGGAUACGCAUGGAUAUCGAUCACCCAGGAACUGGGCCUGAACCUUGGGCCUUCCAGUCUUGCCGGGGUGGAUCCGUGGGAGCUUAGUGUUGGACCUCCUGGACCAGGCACUUCUCCUUUGCGCCUCCCGCGGACGAUGGCCGCCUGGGGGAAUGACAUUGUCGACCAUGGCCCCCACGUCGGUCGCGGGACUGGAGGUGCAAGUCCGAACGGUGAUGUGCAGCAUGAGACCCAAGUCCGUAAAAUUAAGAGGGCAAUCGCGGACGAUCUGCCGUGGUGGACACCGCCAAGAUCGGAGCCCCGUGCAGAUGACAGAUGA